AUGAGUGGACCGCCAAGCGAAGAAGAAGCAUUACCAAUCACAAAUACACUCUUCCCGCCUCCCCCUGUAUAUUGGCAAUCUUACACAUCCAGUAAUAUAGGUCGAUAUGAAUCUCUCACUGGAACCUCUAUAAUAGGCAAAGAGAAGGGGAAAGGUAAAGUUGAGAAUGGAAUAGAACUUGACUUGAAUGACGAAGAGAAGAUAGAAGUUGAAACGUUGAAAGGCAAGCUGGAGAAACCGAUAGCGGGAUGGGUGGAAGAGGAUGGAAGAUGGAUGUGUUUCGGUAAUAUGUAUACUACGAAACCCGAAAUACCGACGGUCGAAAGUAUCGGUAUACCAAAGAUGUUUCAUUCAUCUCCUUCUCCGCAAGAGUCACUGCCCACACUUUUAUCAUCAUUUCUUCACACGAUCUUACUAUUACUGGAUGUGUUGACAUCGUCUGCUAGAACUCCUGAUGAACUGAUGCAUAGCGGUUGGGCUCAUGAAGGUGAUCAAUAUAUCCAACACCUAAGUAACUUAGCCGCGACCAUGAUGAUAACAUCGAACCAACUACGUCAAACUCAAAGUGAAUCUACUCUGGUCAUGAUGAUGGAGAAAGAGGUCGAGGAGAGGAAAAAACAAACUGAUUUACUGAAAAGGAAAUGUAAAGAGAUAGCUGGCAAUAUCAGAAAGCUGAAGAUGCGAGAGUAG